GAAUUUGAGGAGCUGCUGGAGGGAAACAAGGAGUUGGAAUCCUGCAUCAACAACUCCCUGGUUCAGAUCUUAAAUCCCUUGGAUGUGUUGGAGCUUUUUAGGGCCAUUCCAGAUGAAGAACUCCCAUUGUUGUUGAUCAAUCAUGAUGCAGCUCACCCUAAGGAUCUCAUCCUUACUCGCAUCCCUGUGCCACCCCUCUGCAUCAGACCCUCAGUAGUCUCUGACCUCAAGUCUGGCACAAAUGAGGAUGAUGUGACAAUGAAACUCUAUGAGAUCAUUUUCAUCAAUGAGGUGAUCACAAAGCAUCGUCAACAGGGUGCCAAGAUCCAAAUGAUCACAGAAGACUGGGAUUUCCUCCAGCUUCAAUGUGCUCUCUACAUCAAUAGUGAGACCUCUGGCAUUCCCCUGAAUAUGCAACCAAAGAAAGCCACACGAGGGUUUGUACAGCGGUUGAAGGGGAAACAAGGCCGAUUCCGGGGGAACCUUAGUGGGAAACGUGUGGAUUUUACAGCACGAACUGUUAUCUCCCCUGACCCAAACUUGAAAAUUGAUCAGGUGGGUGUGCCUGAAUUAGUGGCCAAGAUCCUGACCUUUCCAUCAGAGGUGAAUCGCACAAACCUAAAACUCAUGCAGCAGCUUGUUGUGAAUGGAGCUGAUGUCUACCCUGGGGCCAAUUUUGUACAACAACGUGGAACAAAAAUCAGAAAGUUCCUGCGUUAUGGAAAUCGUCAUAAGAUUGCUCAGGAGCUUAAGCUAGGGGAUAUAGUAGAGCGUCACUUGAUGGAUGGUGAUGUUGUACUCUUCAAUCGUCAGCCAUCUCUGCAUAAGCUGAGCAUCAUGAGUCAUCGGGCCAAGGUCCUCAAGCACCGGACAUUCAGAUUUAAUGAAUGCGUGUGCACACCCUAUAAUGCUGACUUUGAUGGGGAUGAGAUGAAUCUUCACCUCCCACAGACAGAAGAAGCCAGGGCUGAAGCUGCAAUCCUCAUGGGAGUGAAAAACAAUUUGAUCACGCCACGAAAUGGAGAGCUGAUCAUUGGAGCAACGCAGGACUUCAUCACAGGUGCAUUCCUUCUUACAAAGAAGGAUGCAUUCUUCGAUCGAAGCAAGGCAUGCCAAUUGAUUUCAGCCAUCCUUGCUGGCACAGAUUCUGGACUCAGGAUUAAGCUUCCUCCACCUGCCAUCUGGAAGCCACAACGCCUAUGGACGGGGAAGCAGAUCUUUGGCCUCAUCAUACGUCCAAAUCCUUCAUGUCCAGUGAAAGUGAACCUUCGUACAAAGGGAAAGUCAUCCACUUCUAAUGGAGAGUUCUGCCCUAAUGAUUCCUUCAUUUUGAUCCGGAAUUCAGAGCUGCUAGCAGGAGCCAUAGACAAGUCAGUGAUAGGAGGAGGAAAGAACAACAUCUUCUAUGUGAUGCUGAGGGAUUAUGGACCAGACCUUGCAGCAGAUGGAAUGUGGCGCCUUGCAAGGCUAACGUCUCAUUUUCUCAUGAACCGGGGCUUCUCCAUAGGAAUUGGAGAUGUCACCCCAGGUGCUGGACUGCUUGAAGCAAAGCAGAAGCUCUUGGAAGAAGGAUAUGCCACAUGUAAUGAGUAUAUUGAGGAUUUAAAGGGAGGGCGAUUGCAAUGCCAACCAGGAUGCACAGAGGAGCAGACUCUGGAGGCAAUGAUCCUCAAGGAACUCUCUGUCAUUCGAGAUCAUGCUGGGCAGGCCUGCUGGAAGGAGCUUCCCAAGUCAAACUCCCCGCUCAUCAUGGCUGUCUGUGGCUCAAAAGGUUCUUUCAUCAACAUCUCACAGAUGAUUGCUUGUGUUGGUCAGCAGGCCAUCAGUGGAAAACGAGUGCCAGAUGGUUUUGAGGAUAGAGCCCUGCCUCAUUUUGAGAGACAUUCUAAGAUCCCAGCUGCCAAAGGGUUUGUGAGCAACAGCUUCUAUUCUGGUCUCACACCAACUGAGUUUUUCUUUCAUACCAUGGGAGGCAGGGAAGGACUGGUUGACACAGCUGUGAAAACAGCUGAAACAGGCUACAUGCAACGCAGACUUGUCAAGAGUUUGGAGGACCUGUGCUUCCAGUAUGAUGAAACUGUUCGAAAUUCGUCAGGUGAAGUGGUUCAAUUUGUAUAUGGAGGGGAUGGCUUGGAUCCUGCCUGCAUGGAAGGGAAGGACAAGCCAGUUGAUUUCCAGCGAGUGUUUGACCAUGUGAGGAGCAAGAACUCAUAUAUUGAUGAAAAUCCCCUGAAUUGCCAGAGUAUCAAGACUGCUCUUCAGGAGCAUCUGAAUUCUUCAAGGCUCAGUGACUGUGGAAGUGUUUUCAAGAAUGAACUCAGGGAGUUUCUGGAAAGGACAGCCGAGCAUGUUGACCAUGUGAGAGGAAGGUUUUCUUUAUUGACGAAGGAUAGCAAUACCUUGCAACCAGUGGAGAGGCAUUUGGAACGAGUCACCAUGUCACAGCUGUCUAAGUUCAUUGAAACCUGUCGAGAGAAGUACAUGCGGGCUCGCAUGGAACCAGGUACAGCAGUGGGUGCAUUGGCAGCACAAAGCAUCGGAGAGCCUGGAACACAGAUGACACUGAAGACAUUUCAUUUUGCGGGUGUUGCAUCCAUGAACAUCACCCAGGGGGUGCCUCGAAUCAAGGAAAUUAUCAAUGCAUCCCGAGUCAUCAGUACACCCAUCAUCACAGCCCACUUAGAGAAUGAAAUAGAUGCAGAAUUUGCCCGUCGGGUCAAGGGUCGCAUUGAGAAAACCCUUCUUGGUGAAGUGUCUGAGUACAUUGAAGAGGUAUAUCUGCCAGCAGAAUGCUUCCUGCUGGUGAAGCUGGACAUUGAACGUAUUCGCCUCCUGAAGCUUGAGGUUGAUGCUGAGUGCAUUCGAUAUUCUUUGUGUACCUGCAAACUCAAGUUGAAGCCUGGGAAUGUGACAGUAGUGAGCAGUUCCCUGAUCACAGUGAAGCCAAAUGUGAGCAGCCGAUCCACUCUCUACUACUCUCUCCAGCACCUUAAGGAGGAAUUGCCAAUGGUCAUCAUCAAGGGUCUCCCAUCUGUUAAUCGAGCUGUGAUCCAUGUGGAUGACUCUGGAAAGAUAAGCAAAUAUAAGUUGUUGGUGGAAGGAGAUAACCUGAGAGAAGUCAUGGCUACAUAUGGAGUGAAAGGAAAAUAUACCUUCUCUAACAAUACUCUUGAGAUGGCCAAGACACUGGGCAUUGAAGCUGCCAGGACCACAAUUAUCAAAGAGAUUCAGAACACGAUGGAGCACCAUGGGAUGAACAUAGACCAACGCCAUGUAAUGCUUCUGGCUGACCUUAUGACCUUCAAAGGUGAAGUCCUUGGUAUCACGCGCCAUGGACUGGCCAAGAUGAAGGAAUCUGUCCUCAUGCUUGCAUCAUUUGAGAGAACAUCUGAUCACCUUUUUGAUGCUGCAUAUUAUGGACAAGAGGAUUCAGUGACAGGAGUCUCUGAGUGCAUAAUCAUGGGGAUCCCGAUGAACCUUGGAACUGGGCUCUUCAAACUCCUUCACAGGGCGGAGAGAGGGGAGAAACUAGGACAGCGUCGUCUUGUUUUUGACAAUCCAGAGUUGCAUGUCCGUACUUAUCACCCAAAGAGCACAGAACCUCUUUUCCGAGACUUCUGGCGGAGAAUCAAGAAGAAACAAACGAGCUCGAGCUCGAGUGAGAAGGAAUUUUUGUUAUUACUACCUCCGCCAAACGUGACGGGGAAUCUGCAUUUGGGGCAUGCACUGACGGUAUCUAUCCAAGAUGCCAUGGUCCGCUGGAAUCGAAUGUCUGGAAGGGAGACACAAUGGAUCCCGGGCUUUGACCAUGCCGGAAUCGCCACUCAGAGCCUCCUGGAACGGAUCUUGUGGAAUCGGGAGAAGAAAACAUGGAAGAGCCUUGAUCCAUGGGAAUUCCACAGCAUGUUAGAGACGUGGACCGACGAGCGAAUUGGAGAGAUCCGAAACCAGUUGGAAUCCCUUGGAACGAGCCUCGACUGGGACCGACAGUUUUAUACAUUGGAUGCGAACGUGAAGAAGGCAGUGGAGCACGCUUUCAUCUUGUUACACGAGAGGGGCGACAUAUACCGUAAUGUCAGAUUGGUGAACUGGUGUUGUUACCUCGAGACUGCCGUGUCGGAUAUAGAGGUGGAGCAUCGGGAAGUUGAAGGGCCGAUUAAGUUGCAAGUACCUGGAUGUUCCCACGACGUUCAGAUUGGAAAACUGUUCUUCUUUUCGUAUCCGCUGGAUGGCAAUGGAGGAAAGAUCCAAGUCUCUACGACCAGACCAGAGACCAUUUUGGGCGACAGUGGAAUCGCAGUGAAUCCCCAAGACCACCGCUUCAAUCGACUAAUAGGCAUGCGUGCGAGACAUCCACUCGUCCCCGGGAGGUUCUUACCCAUCGUUGGAGAUCACCGGGUGGACCCAAACUUUGGAACAGGUGCUAUGAAGAUCACGCCGGGUCACGACUUCACAGAUUUGGAAAUUGCGAAAGACUACGGCCUGGACGUGAUCACGAUCUUGGACGAGAAAGGUCAUCUACUUCCCAAUUGUGGUACUUUUCAGGGUUUGAACCGCUUUGCGGCUCGUGAUGCCAUCGUUGAGGCCUUGAGAGACGUGAAUCUCUACGAUGGUGAAAAGGGUGUGAAGACUACGAUCCCCUUGUGCAGUCGAACUGGUGACAUCAUCGAACCUCUGCUCAAGGAACAAUGGUUCUUGAGCACGAGCCAGACGGCCAAAGAAGUGUUGAGAGAGGUGGAGGAAGACAGAAUCCAAAUCCAUCCUGGAGACAUGAAACAGUCUUUGAUGAACUGGUUGACUAAGUAUGAAGACUGGUGCCUUUCCCGUCAGAUCAUUUGGGGUCAUCGCAUCCCGGCUUACCGAUGUCGCAUCCAGGAUUCCUUCCGUUGGGUAUCGGCAUCGAGUCCCGAAGAGGCAGCGGAGAAAGCUGCCAAGAAGCUGGCAGUGAAUAGGUGUGAAGUCCUCGUCGAAAGCAGAGACGAAGAUGUCUUGGACACCUGGUUCUCUUCCUCCCUGCUUCCAUUGACCUGUCAGGGAUGGCCUCUCCGCACCCAAGGACUGUCUUCCUUGUCUCUCAUGGAAACCGGUCGAGAUAUUCUGGGAUUAUGGGUCACCAAAAUGUUGCUCAUCUCCCAUAAACUCACACAGUCUAUCCCGUUUCGCAAGAUCCUGUUGCACGGAAUCGUGUGCGAUGCUCACGGCCGCAAGAUGUCUAAGUCCCUUGGGAACAUUGUUGAUCCCCUGCACGUCGUGUCUGGACGGACCCUGGAGGAACUGGAAGCGGAAACCAGGUCGAAGAUCAAGCAGGGGCUCAUCAGCAAAUCAGAAGGGGAGUUGAGCAUCGCGGGACAGAAGAAAUUGUUUCCAAAGGGAAUCCCGGCUUGCGGAGCCGAUGCCCUCCGAUUUUCCCUCUGCUUCUCUAACAUCACGAACCCCGAGAUCAACGUAGACAUAGCGAAAGUGGCAGCUCACAGUCAUUUCUGCAACAAGAUGUGGCAAGCGAUGAAUUUUGCCGAGCAGGCGUUUAGGAGGAACGAGGGUUUUACGGAAGGGAAGGGGAAGACGGUUGAGAGAGCUCUGGAUCGAUGGCUCCUCAGUUGCCUGGCGUGGACAGUGGAGCGAUGUCACGAAGCUUUCUCCACGCUGGCACUUCAUCAAGCUCCCUCUGCCAUCUAUCAGUUUCUCUAUGGGAGGUUAUGCGACGUGUACGUAGAGGGGAUCAAGCGGCACGUGUACGAAGGGGCGGGAGGGGAGGAAGGGAAGGAAUGUUGCAGAACGUUGUUGGCGAGCCUGGGAACAGGGAUCCGUCUCCUCCACCCAUUCAUGCCUCACCUGACGGAAGCCCUCUUUCAUCGUCUCACACCAUGGAUUCACGAACCCCCAGUCUCCAUCCUCCAUACCUCUUACCCUCGUCCGAGUGAAUGGCAUGGGUAUAGGGACCAAGCUCUGGAAUCCCUGCUCGAUGACGUACUUUAUCUCGUAGAACGGGUCCGUGGCAUCAGGCAACAGUAUCAGCUAGGCGAUCUUCGACCCAAGCAGAUCUUCCUGGGCUCCACGAGGAAAGACUUGGAAAUGCUUCAAGACGAGAUUGGAAUGUUAGGAAAAAUCGACUCGGUUGUUUUCGAGGAUCCAGACCGAUCCAUUCGAUCUCAUUGUUUCCAAGCGGAUCCUCAGCGACUCCCCAAAGGCUGUAGUCUUUACCUCCAUUUCCUGCCCGAAGACUUGGAAAAAGUCUCGGAGAAAUUGGAUGCCAGAAGGACGACUCUCGUGAAGUCUAUGGAGAGCAUGAAGGAGAAGAUGUCGAAGGGAAAGGGGAAGAAGAAAGUUUCGGAACAAUACGAGAAUCUGACGAAGGAGUUGGCAAGUAUCGAUGAUCUUCGUAGGACGAUCUCUUCUUGGGGUGUGGGAAGGUUGGACUGUGGAGUCCUCCUCGUGCCUAACGAGGAUGUAAGGAGUAGAGGGGAAGAGUUCCCCAGUUCCCAACGCUGUCUGACCAUUGCUGGUCGCUUUCCCUUUCGCGCCCUCGUCCUGCCCUGUAAGCAAUGCGUCCCGAGCCUCCGACCACUCAACACAGUGGACACUCUGUCUUUCCUGAGCCGGCAAUCGAGCAACUCAAUGGGCACGGUGUGUGCCUCGAACCGCGAGCCGGACAGAACGGUGAUAACCAGUGACCGAGGAAUCCUGGAAGUUGGAGCUGAUGUCCAGUAUCGAGUUGCCGAUGUGUCCAAAUUUAUUCUCAAUAUAUCACGUCCAGAGGAGGGUCUACGAAUGCUUGGCAGGUUUGAAGGUUUCAAGGAUUCUGAGCUCUUGGGAAUUCUGAAAAAAAAGCUGGCAAAUGUUCACGUGUCUGAGGACAUGCAAGGAAUAUAUGAGGUUGUUGUCAAUAAUGGUGAAGCUAUUCAUAUUAUCCUGAAUGCUGGUAAUACUGGUUCUUAUGAUGUUUCCCUAGGGAGAGCAGAUGUGAUAAGUAGCAGUCAGAGCGUCUUUUCCCCAGAUGUCUCAGUGAUGAUGAAUCUGGAAGACUUGGAGAAGUUGAUUCAAGGGAGGAUUUCACCACUAGCUGCAUAUAUUGGAGGAAAGAUAACUAUCCAAGGGAAUGCAUCCAAAUUCCAGGGUUUGGAAUCCCUCUUUUCAUCCUGA